GCGGGGGCUCCUUCCUGCCCCCCACCCGUGGCCUGGGAAAAGGCAGCAUAUUGAGGCGCGGGGCUCCCAGCACCAGGCCCCGGGAUGCUAAUGAGGGCGAGCGCGUUCCCACAGCCCGGACAUUGUGCGGCGCGGCCCACCUGCUCCUCAGGGAGCGCCCAUUGUGCCCGCGCCAAUUCAUAGGCAAUUUAGCGUGCGCUAAUGGGCCGGCGCCUUUGUGCGGCCCGCGCUGCCAUUGGCCGCUGAGUGUGGGAACGGCCGCGGCGCCCGGACCCCAGGCGCCAGCCCGCCGCCAGCGCCUAUAUAGGGGCUGCGCGCCGCGCCGCGCCACCCGGACGUUCGCCCCACGCUCGCCCACGCAGCAUGGCCCCCAGCACCGUGGCGGUGGAGCUGCUCAGCCCCAAGGAAAAGAACCGACUGCGCAAGCCGGUGGUGGAGAAGAUGCGCCGCGACCGCAUCAACAGCAGCAUCGAGCAGCUGAAGCUGCUGCUGGAGCAGGAGUUCGCACGGCACCAGCCCAACUCCAAGCUGGAGAAGGCGGACAUCCUGGAGAUGGCCGUGAGCUACCUGAAGCACAGCAAGGCCUUUGCCGCAGCCGCCGGCCCCAAGAGCCUGCACCGGGACUACACUGAGGGCUACUCCUGGUGCCUGCAGGAAGCCGUGCAGUUCCUGACCCUGCACGCCGCCAGUGACACCCAGAUGAAGCUGCUCUGCCACUUCCAGCGGCCCCCCGCCGCCCCCGCUGCGCCUGCCAAGGAGCCCCCCAUGCCCAGCGCCGUGCCCCUGCCCGCGCGCCCCUCCGCCAAAGUCUCCCCUGCCGCACGCCCUUCAGCCUGUGGCCUCUGGCGGCCCUGGUGACUGUCCCAGUGCCCACCGCCGCCUGGCAGGUUGGAUGCGCCCUUCUCCGGAAGCCCAUCUGAGGCCGCGGGCCGGCCUGAGGGUCAUUCUCGAGAAUGCACCACCUGCAGAGUCGUGUUGUUUGAGGACAAUCAGGGCCAUCUCCUGCCCAGCGUCUGACCCCGUGGGGUUGUUCUGUGUUUGCAUUUCAGCAAGUGACUUCUGGGAAGUCCCCGGGCUGCGGGGGUUCUAUGAUAUUUGUAGGGCCAGGGGCUGGGCCUGCCAGCACCCUAGCCUGUAGAGGACUUUCUUCAGGGCCCAUCGCUGCUGGGCACGCACCCGCAGGCGGGCGGGCGUGCCGUGGGCACAUUGCCUUUUGUGAAGGCGGAACUCCAGAUGUAUCCUCAUAGGAAGGUACUCAGCCUGCGUACCUGGCCCAGAGGCCCACGUGGGCUACUCGGGGAGGGCGGGGCCUCCACUACGAUCCUUAAAGGAUUCCUUGACAUGGGUGGGUGCACGUGGGCACGCUGUGUACUUAGAAUUUGAGCGCUCUGUCACGUGGGUGCCCAUGAACUGCGAAGGCUUCUAAUAAAA